UCUCUUCAGCCUUCACCACUUGAAGCCGGCUGUGAGGAGAUAAGGGAGCGUCUAGUGAACUACGCGUUUAGCAAACUUACUCGCAGCUAUAAAAUCACUACAGCUGAAUUAAUGGCGAAGAAAACCAGCCCGUUCCUCCUCCGAGCUCUGGUGGAGAUGACAGAGGCUCAGUCGUACAACGUGCUGAGGAGAAAUUCCAGCAAAAGCACCAUCAGACAUUUGAGCUCUUGUGGUAUCUUAGCAACAAGGUGUUCCAGCUUGCCCCUCCCACCUGUUACAUCACAGGUCACGCCCACUCGGAACUUUAUUAACCUGGCUGCCCCCCUUGUUGCACGGAGAAUGGAGUACUCUGAGAAGCGGACUAUUGGGUACUCAGCAGAGCAGAUAUACAACAUAGUAGCCAACGUGCAACACUACCAGCAGUUUGUGCCAUGGUGCAAGAAGUCAAAGGUCAUGAAGGGGCGGAAUGGAGAUGUGCAGGCACAGCUGGAAAUCGGAUUCCCUCCCAUUGUUGAGCGCUACGUCUCCGAGGUUACAGUCAUCCCCAACCACCAAGUCCGAGCUGUGUGCACAGACGGAUCGCUCUUCAGUCACCUCGAGACGCUCUGGCGGUUUACGCCUGCUUCUGGGAACCAGGGUGAUUCCUGUAACGUGGAGUUCUACGUGUCGUUUGAGUUCAAGUCACUGCUCCACUCUCAGCUAGCGACACUGUUUUUCAACGAGGUAGUUAAACAAAUGGUCAACGCUUUUGAGACGCGAGCUGGAAAACUUUAUGGUCCCCAUAGCCAUCCACAGGAGACCACCAAGAGGAGAGCGACCUGAGAACACUACUCAAAGACUUUCUACAAAAAAGACUUCCUUACUGUGCGACACAAUCACUGUUCACAAUCAGAGCCUUUAACUAUGGAGAAGGAGAAGACUGGUGCUUCUGUUUAGUCUCGUCCCGGACAGCAGACCCUAAACGCUGCUAUACUCAUAAUGUGCACAAACUCAGUGACAAAGCGAAAUGAACAUGAGAUGACAUGGCUUUUUAUUUCAGGCACAUGAUUUAAUUUAUUUACUUGAAUGUAUUUAUCGCAGAUAUACAUUUUAUAUUUUGGGUAAUAGUAAUAUUUAGGAUACACAGAGAUUAGUUUUCCUUGAAGUAUAAGAAUGUGAUUCUGUAUAUGACCAAGUAACAGCACCAAGCUGUUUUGCUGAUUUUGAAUGAGUUUCUCCUGGGUAAUUAUUUAUGUUUUUAUGUUGAAGUAAAGUUUUUGUAUAUUUUGGCCUAUGACCGUAAGAUUGAUAAACCAUAUAUUUUGUUUUUAAGUUAGCACUAAGCUAUGAAGCACUUUUUUCCCAGUUUUUCAUGGACAAAAAAUAUAUUUUUAAUUUGGUAAAAAUCUGUUUUCUUUACCAACUUGUAAAGUCUUGAGCACCUUGACUACUUAUUACAUUUUGGAGUAAACACAUUUAGUAAUUUUUUAUUAUUAAAUUAUAUUUGUUUGAAACAAAUGGGGCCUGUAACAUUCUGUCAUGGAUUAACAUUUUUAUCUACACUUCUUAGGUGGGAAUAUGCCAGCAGUGAGUGAUGGGAUGUGUUCCUCACAUUUCUGAAAAUGUAUUUUGUAAUCCAUCUUAGCAGGUGUUUCGAUAUGUCAUAGUGUAGGGUGUGUGUCUGAAACUCAUCUCAACAGUCAGUCAGGUCCCAGGUGUAAUAUAAAUACAUAUUAGAAUAAACUUAAGUGUUUCAGAGUCAGACAACAUGCUUUCAAGUGUUUAAUAUCUAGUCAGAACAGCCACUGAGUAUCAGAGUACUGGUUAUUCAGAGUAUUAGAAUUCUAAUAUACUCAGAAAUGUCUAUUAAAAAGUGAAUAAUUAGUAUCCAAUGACUCAUAUUUGUGCCCUUGCUUACCUUUGUACAUGUACGUCUAUUAUUUACAGUUCACUUCACAGGCAGAAUAUUGUGCUUUGUUUAAUAAUAUGUUUCUUAUACAGUAAGUAAUAUAACAUUUACAUUUUCUUUUAGUGUGUGUGGAAUGCUGUUGCUAACUCCUCUGUUCUACCAACCUUGGAGUUAUCGAUUUAAAGCAAUGUUCAUAGAUUUUUCUUUUUAAUAAACUGUAGUAUUUAAGCAAUUCA